CACAACCAAACAAGCAUGCAUUUCCCUGCACCCCGGCCAGCUACGGUGGAUUCCCCUCGCAGACUCCCAGAGAGCGCUGAAACGCACUGGCCAAUCCGAUAGAGAGCGCCCGGGGUCAUUGCGCGCGCGAGUCGGCGCGUCCAACAAAACCCAAGAUGGCGUCGUCACCUCCACCAGCGGCCUACUCGCAGACGCCCACCGCACUCUCACCACCCCACACUGCGCAAACCCACAUCUCGCCGACGACCACGACCACGGCCGCGCCCGCCCCGGCCCCCAAGAGCAAGAAGCGACCCUCGAUAGCCGAUGGCGUCGGCAGCGCCCAGCAGCAGCCCCCUUCCCUGAAGCGACGAAAGGCCUCCAUCAUGUCCAUCGCCUCGACCGGGUCCGCCCACCCGCUGCGGCAGACCUCGUUCCCGCCCGAGGACGUUGGCGGCCCGCGCUCGCCGUCGGUCGACAUGGACGCCAUGAGCAUCGUGUCGGGCAGCCAGGUCAGCGCCGCCGGCCGGCCCGCCAAGAAGAAGCGCGGCCGCAAGUCCAAGGCCGACAAGGCCCGCGAGGCCCGCGAGCAGACGCCGUCCCUGAUCAACGGGCGCUCGGGGGCCGGCGGCGGAAGUGUCGUCGGCGGGGCGGGAGGCGGAGGAGCCGACGGCCGCAGCACCACGGGCGCCGCCGCCGCCGGUGCUGGCGGCGGUGACCAGGCAGAUGAUGAUGACGAUGAGAACGACGUCGUUCACAUGUCGAUAACGUCGGCGCGACGGUCCGAGGCUCAGACUGCCGAGGAGAAGAGGCUUCGUGCCAUGCUUACGCGCUGCAUGGACACGGAUCAGUUCGACCGGUUCGGAAACUGGAGGGCCGCAAAACUGCCAGACCAAGUCGUCAGGAGGGUCGUGAAUGCGACGGUCUCUCAGUCCGUUCCCAGUCAGAUUGUGAUUGCCGUCAGGACAGUCACCAAGUUUUACCUAUGCGACAUUAUCAGAAUUGCCCGCGAAGUGCAGGCCGAAUGGAUAGCGGCGGGUGCUGAGGUGCAGGCCGCCGGCUUUGCCGAGGACGAAAACGGACACAUUGUUAUUAAUCAGGAGAUGUCGUGGCCUGGCAAGGUCAUGUCGGCCGAGGAGGAGGAGCGGAUGCAUGCUACUAAUGCCGAAGCUGAGGGCGCGGCCGGAAACUCGUUUACGGACAGCAGCACCGGCAUGCCCACGCAGGGGUCCAUGAGUUUUGCCAGCCGGAACGAGGAGAUUCAUCAGCAAACGCGCGAGGUCAUCCUGCGCGAGCCCCCGCGCGGUCCACUGAGGCCCGAACACCUGCGCGAGGCCCUUCGCCGCUACCAAGAAUCUGCGCAGAGCCAGGGAAUAGGAUCCCUACGGAUCUGGCAGGAGCAACAAAAGAGCGGCGUUGAGCGGUUUCCGUCCAGGACAGGGGGUCGGCGGAUCUUCAAGUGACGAAGAUGGGUUUAUACUGCAUUGCUUUAAACCUGGAAUGGCUAGAUUCUGGGGCCAGAACGGCCUCACAGCGCAUCAUGAUACCCGCCAUUAUUGUCUGCCCAUUCUGCUUGGUACAUAGACUAUCAGAGGCAGACACAUGAAAUAAACAAAAACACAGGAGUUACCAGUGGUAAGUGGUGGCUCUGGGUUUAACAGACGAAACGUGGGGGAUUUAUUACUAUUUGCAUCAGUCACUACAGAAGAAGAAGCCCGUUCUCUCGGGGGAAUGACCAGCAAAGAGUCCCAGCUCAGCCGAGGAAACACUUUUCUCUCCAAAUUGCCUCACUCUCCAGAGUCGACCACCCAUCCCGCCCUUGCACAACAACAACCCCGCCCCGAUUUACAGGACAAGAGCGGCGGCGGCGAUGCACAGGGCGAGCGGGGCGACGACGGCGGCAGCGGCGGCGGUGACGGGCUUGUUGGAGUUGCCGCUGCUCGCGUUACCAGUACCCGUGCCGGAGCCGGCCGAGCCGCCAGCGCUGGCGCCGCCCGCGCCGGGGCUGGUGACGGCGCCCUGGCGGUUGGUGCAGUUGCCGGGAGCAAAGGCCUGCUGGCUCUGCUUGAGGGUGUCGGUGAAGCCGCCCGAGACCUGGGCGGCCAGCUGCUGGACCUCCUUGGGCACCUUGGUGACGACGGCGUCGAUGAGCUUCUUGGCCAAGUCGCCGAUGUCGCCCGACUGCUUGAAGACGACCUCGCACAGGCCCGCGUUCUCAAAGGCCGUCUUCUUGUCCGACAGGGCCUGGAUCAGGGCGUUGCCGUCGCUCUGGAGCCCCGUCACGGUCCCCUGCAGCGUAACGGCGUCGUUGAGCGAGAUGGGCGACGUGGCCGUGAUGUCGGCCGCGCCCUUGUUGAGGCUGUUGAGCAUGUUUGUCGACGCCGUCAGCAGCUGCGCUGGGUUGCCGUUGAAGCCGUUGAUGGCCGCCGUCAGCUCCUUGAUGCGGUUGUCCGCGUUGGUCACGACGUUGGUGAUGGUCUGCGCGUCACGCGCCCCGAGGGCGGGGAGGGCGGCGCGCAGGUGUGACUUGAGCUGCACCGAGGCGAGGGCGGCGCCGGCCGAGAGGGCGAGGGCGAGGAUUUGCAUGGCGGCUGUGUUGUGGGUGUGGUGGUGGUGGUGGUGGUGGUGGUGGUGG